AUGGGGGGGGUGGCGGGGCGGCGGAGGCGCUGGGGGGUGCCGGUGCUGCUGCUGGCUUACCUAGGUUACGUGGGGCUGGGGGCUGGCGUGCUGCAGGCGCUGGAAAGGCCGGCCGAGGUGCGGGCGGCACGGCGGCUCCUCCAGCAGCGCUGGGAGCUGCUCGCCAACCACACCUGCCUGCAGGGGCCCGCCCUGCAGAGGCUCAUCCAGAGUAUCAUCGAAGCCUACAAGAGUGGCGUAGCCAUUCAAAGAAACACCACUAGCCUUGACAGGUGGGACUUCAGUGGGUCUUUCUUCUUCUCCAUCUCUGCAGUAACAACCAUUGGCUAUGGGAACCUAAGCCCCAGCACUGCAGCUGGUCGAAUUUUCUGCAUCUUAUUUGCACUCUUUGGGAUCCCCUUGAACCUUGUCCUCAUGAAUGAAAUUGGACAGCUGAUGUUGUUAGGGGUUCAGCGUAGUGCCCAUCACCUAGAGGAGAUGUUUCACUGGAAGAUAAAAGCUGCCCUGCUGAUGAAGACCUGUGCACUAGUAACGGGCUUGUUAUUGUUCCUCCUGCUACCUCCCUUGCUGUUCUCUGACAAAGAAGGAUGGACUUAUGAAGAGAGUUUCUACUAUUCCUUCGUUACUCUCAGUACUAUAGGAUUUGGAGACUACGUGAUUGGGAUGAACCCAGACCGCACCUAUCCAAGCUGGUACAAGAAUGUAAUCUCCCUUUGGAUCCUCUUUGGGAUGGCCUGGCUUGCACUGAUUAUCAAAUGUUGCAUCAACUUACUGGAGAGCUCCAGUGACUUCUGUCAGUGCAACAGGAAGAGCAUAGAGUUGCCAGAAGAUGUAAUGGAUGACAGCAAAAAGAAUAUGACAGGACUACACAAUGUGGAGACCUGCAAUGACAAAGACACAAAAGCAGGAGGACCAGGUGGAUGUCACACCCACACAGAUUCUACGGAAGCACUUUAGAGGAGAAACAUACCUUUGGUGUCUCUCACAUUCCAAUACACCAGAGAUCACUGCUUAGAAAUGUGGGAAUGGAGCUGCGCUGAUGUUCACGCUGGGAUGUAAACCUGCUUGUUGAGUGUGAAAUGCUUCUAUUCUGAAUUGAAAAUAGCAGCAAAAUAUCUCAUUUGUAGUAUUACCAAGAAGACUCUUGACCUACCAAAAGUAGAUUUUUUUUCAGAGAUAAUACCUACAUUCCCAUCUCAAUAUGAGGUAAACUUUGGUAUCUGCACCCAGCACUGCCCACUGUCUUUUUCUUUGCAAACCAAGUUAAUGUAGCCUCCAAAUGUAUAUAUGGUAUUUUGCAAAUACCACAACUAGAAAAGGAAGCAUAACUUAAUACACAAAGCAAAUUGUAUGUUGCCAAAAGGCUCAGUGGAAAAAUAUUCUUUUAAACAAGCUGGCAGUGACUACAGAUGAUCUCCAUCGCUAUGUGUUUGUUCUUGCCAAAGGUGGUAAUAUAUUUUUGCUAUCUGAUCAUUUGUACAUGAAUAGCAAUGAGGCAGAGAUUGUAGAGGUGCCUAAUAGAAAUCGAAUGUUUAGUUUUGUUAGGGAAAUUUCUACAUCAGAGGUCCACUAAUAUUAGAGAAGAUAGUAGGCAGUUAUUUUUUUUUCUAUUCCAAAGCUUAUGCAGAAUCAUCCUUCGAUAAGUAUUAUGUAGAUUAGAUAUCAUCUAAAUGCAACAGUUCAUUUAGAUGCAUUUUCUUCUUUUUCAUGUUUGUUGGAAAAGGAAAAAGAGUCAAGAGCUGCUUUAAUCAAAAAACAAACUUAAGUGCCUUCAACAUGAUCAGCAAAGAUGCUCUUAUCAGGAGCUUCACAUGGCAUAAAUGAAUACUGUAUUUGCUUGUUUAGGUUUGUUUUUAUAAGCACAACUGUAAUGCAAAACCUGAUCAUUUGGAACUUCUGUCAAUCAUGAACUUAAAAGUUUUAAAUAUUUCCUUAAGUUCUCAGAAAUGUUGAAAAAUUAUGCCAUUUUAAGAGGCCCGACAGAGUCUAACUCCUGCUGCGAUUCAUAUACCAAUAUCUGUCUUGUUUUCUUAUUCCUGUUAUGGUAUUUGCAUCCAAGAGCAAGUAGCAUGACUAACUUCGAAUGCUUGACCAUAGGACUAAACCAGAAGGAAGCGUUUGUGUGAGCCUAAGCUUCUGCAUUGGUCCUAGAUCCUCACACAGAGAGAAGAAAGUGGGCAGAAAGCAUAAGCUGUUGGAGCAUGAUGCCCAUGAAUUAGGAAUAUACAUACCUGGGCUUCCAGCAAUGCAGUGAGUGAAAAUUUCAGUCUUUGGGAAGACAAGUUAUGGAAAACAUAUCAUGGAAAAAAAUAGUUUCCCAAGUACACCAGUCUGAGCUUCAGUACGUUGUGGAAUUCAUUGUAAAAGAAAACGCAAGAAAGUAAUCUGGAAGAUCAAAUUAAGACUGUCAGCCUUUUUGUCAUCAGCUUUUUGCUAACUGUGUAGUGGUAAACGUUCUCUCGUGUACUUUUUCAAUAGACAGCAAGAGGUAAGAAAGAUAGUUAGUGGAAAUUUCAAGUUGUAUUUGGGAAAAUGAUGCAAAAUAAAUAAAACUGAUUUUUUUUUUU